AUUGUUAUAGAUGAUUUUACCUGAACAUACUAUACCAUACGAUAGAAUGUAGUAUGCAAGAAUAUUGCACUUCUCUUGCUGGAUAAACCAGGUAAGUGCUUGUGUUUGAUGAAGAAGUUAUCUCGACUAUAGAUAGUUGACUUUGGAUUGUAAGAAUGGUAAGAUAAGCCUGGUAAGUUAUGAUGUCAUCAUAUAGUUCUGUAUGGAGAUGAACAGUAAGAAACUAAGAAUUUAUGAUCAAAAGGUUAAAGAUCAUUAUUUUUGAUUUUUCAUAGCUUAAAGAUCUCUGUUCUUGGUAGAUAAAGAAAAAAGGAUCAAAGGGUGUCUUUAGGUAUAAGAGAAUAUGAGAUCAGCUAAAAUUAAAAUCAAGGUGGAGGGAAAAUGAAGUUGGACGAAGAGAGCUGAAGAAUGAGUGCAAUCUGUUAGUGCAAUUGGGAAUAUGUUUGGUAGAGAUGAAAUGUUAAAAAAAGAAAUCCAUGCCUAGCUUGGUAGGAGGACGGAGGGAGUAAAAAGUUGUGGUGGGAGGAUGUAAAUCCACCUAAUUCAUGCAAAAAAUGAGGGAUUGGACUUUGGAAGGUGGAAAAUCUUGAUGCUUAGCAAAAUAAUCAAACAACUUCCAAACCCCUUAUAAAAUAUUACUAAAUGAUAAUUCAUAACACUACCAGCAGAUCCAUUAAAAAAUACGUUUUUACAACAUGAACUCUCCUUUUUUUUUGAUAUAUGAUUACAUUUUUAGCAGAACAGCUGAAAUUGGCCACCAAUGAAAGCAUUAACGGAAGUAAAAAAUUGCAGUAGCUUCCUUUGAACUAUCACAAAAACAGUAUAUAUUUCCGAAACUCCAUCAUUCUUUUUCCUUCAUCCGGAAAUGAAUUUUCCCAAAGCCUAUUCUUUUACAAGGGUGAUUUGCUAUGGUAUAGAGACUGAAACUUGAAAGAUAUCUUCUAAUAAGAUGGGUAACAAGAAAUAAUUUUCUCUUUUCCAAGAAACUUCAUUAGGGAGGGGGGAGGAAAAAAAAACAAAGAAAAAAAAAGAAAAAAAGAAACAAUGAGCCACAACAUUAUAAAUUUCUCUAUCUUGCAUUAGAAUAAGUUGUCUAAAACAAAAUUUCAAGGUAUUGGUAGUGCAUUUUGACGAGAAAGCUGGAACACUUUGUUAAUAAAAGUGUCUCGUGGGGGUUUGAAUAUUAACGUGCUUAUUCAUUUAUAACUUGUAGGCUUGUAGCAAAAUCUGAAAGUUCUAUGCAUGCCUUCUAAUCUUUCUAUUUAAUGUAUUUACAAAUCUUGCAUACUGAAAACUCAUCUCUGUCUGAUAUAUUCUAAGCUUGUUGCAUGACAAACUUAUUGAAGUUAUUUUGGGAUGACAAGUAAGAAAGUUAUUUUGGCAUGCAAAAUUUACUGAAAACUCAUCUCUGUUUGAUAUAUUCAAUGAGUCAGCUUGCUGCUUAACUUCUUUGGUUAUAGACGAUUUUACCUGAACAUACCAUACUAUACCAUAGAGUUCAGUACGCAAGAAUAUUGCACUCCUCUUGCUAAAUAAACCAGGUAAGUGCUUAUGUUUGAUUAAGAAGCUAUCUGAACUAUAGAGAGUUGACUUUUGAUUGUAAGAAUGGUAAGAUAAACCUGGUAAGUUAUGAUGCCGUCAUAUGGCUCUGUAUGGAGAUGAAUGGUAAGAGUUAAUUAUCAAAGGGUAUGUUUGAUUUUGUUAAGUCUUAAAGAUCCCUGUUCUUGGUAGAUAAAGAAAGAGGAUCACCGGUUGUUUAUUUAUGUAUAAGAGAAUAUGAGAUCAGGUCAAAUUAAAAAAAAGGUGGAGGAAAAAUGAAGUUGGAUGAAGAGAGUUAACGAAUGACUGCCAGUUAGUGGGACACUUGAGGCUUUGUUUGGUAGAGAAGAAAUGUUUAGGAAUGAAAAUUCAUGCCUAGCUUGGUUGGAAGGGGGCGGGAAGUAAGAAGUGGGAGUGGGAGGAUGGUAAAUCCAUCCUACUCCAUGCAAAACAAGAGGAGUUGGAAGGUGGAAAAUCUUGAUGCUAAGCAAAAUGAUCAAACUACUAUAAAACCCCUGGUAAAAUAUUAGUAAAUGACAGUUCCAUAAACAAUAUCACUUUCAGACCUUCAUAUCUCCCAUGAUUGGUAUAAUUACAUUUUUAGCAAAAUGAGUGAAGAGUGGCCACUAAAGAAAGCAUUUACAGAAGUCACAAAUUGCAGUGGCUUCCUUUUAGCUGUCAGAAAACAGCCAGAGCUUUCUAUCUCUAACACCUUCUUCAUCUAUAUUUUUCCUUGAUCUGAAGUGAAUUACUCCGAGAAUAUGUUCUUUUAUGAGAGUUUGACUAGAGUAAUGAUGCAGCCGCAACUUGGACACAAUGCAGCUUCAGGGAACUGUUGAAUGACUUUUCUUUUUCUUUUAUUAGGCUUGGUUUGUUAUGCUACUGUUUCAAAACGAUGUGUGUUUAUUUCUUUUGUUUUCUUUUACUGAUGUGGCUUGCUGAUGUGCUUCUUUUUGUUACACCCUGCGUGGUGAAAUGGAAUUAUCCUAAAAGCUGGUGUAAAACAGCUUGCUCCUUGUAUGAAGGCAGAGACCUUUUUUUUUUUUUUUUCAAUGACAGAUUGAAUUUCCUUUUUACAUUCGUCUUUGAAUGAUUAUGGAAUUGGACCCAGAAGAGUCUGGACAGGUGAAAACAUGAGAAUUCCUUCUUGGUGAUUUCACAUUGUGACUUCCUACGUCAAGUUUAGAGACUGAAACUUCAAAAUGAUCUUCUAAUAAUUAUGAUUAUCAAGAAAAUAGUUAGUUUCCUCUUUUUCCAAGAAACUUUCAUUGACGAAAAGUGGAUUAGAAUAAGUUGUCAAAAAACAAGCUUUUCUGAUAGCCAAUUUUUCAAUGGGAAAACAUAUAUGUAUUAAGUACAUUAACUUGAGUUGUCCCAACUCCCGACUCCCGUCUCCGACGGGGUUUGAAGAUAUCUAUUGUCCUUGUAUAUUGAUGUGGAACGGAGUGAAAAGAUGAUUAAUUGCUGUGAUGAGACGGGAAAAGAUAAACAUAUACAGGAGGAAUAUGGUUGGCUAGGGAGGUACUAAGGUGUCAGCUGCCCAUUGGUUGAUUAAGUUUUCUUUUUGGAAGUCAGUAUCAGCGGCUCAUCAAACUUUCAUCCUAUAUUCCUCGCUAGCUGCCUUCAAUCAAUCAACAAUCAAUUCAUCAGAGCUUGACUUUGAACACUCCUUUGUUUGUAUUUUUAUUUGUGUGGACUAUUACACCCUUACGAUACCAACCUUGUUAUCCAGGACCAAUGAUAUUCAUAGGUUGGUUGGAGAGACUGGACUCAGAAUACACGACCUCCUUUCUGCGAAACCACGUGAGAAUUAAUCCCUUUAGAAUUUUAAGCAGGUAGAAGUUCAAUAUAAUUUAUACAUUAUUAUAUUGGUAAGAAAUGGUAGCUAGAUAGAUGUAUAGAUCCUCAAAAUGACAUCCUUCAAUGUGUUUGUGACCACCCUUGUAUUAGCCGUUUCCAUAUUGAGCAGCUACCUUAGUAUGACUACCGAAGCCACCCAAAAUCCUCUCUACCGUUUCUGCUCAAAUACAACCACUUUCAAUCCCAACAGCCCCUACAAAUCCAAUUUGGAUGUCGUUUUGUUUAAUCUUUCCUGGAACGCCGCCCAAGAAAGCGAUUGCAUCUACCAAGACGCCGAUGCUGGUGGCGUCAACGGCACUAGUAACUAUGUCUAUGGCAACUAUCUCUGCCGUGGCGACGUUAACUCCACCAUCUGCCACGGCUGUGUGUUAGCAUCAAUCGAAUUUGCACGCCAGAAUUGCUCUGUAGAGAAAGAGAUGAUCGUAUGGUACGAUGAAUGGAUGCUGCGCUAUUCCAACCAAUCUUUCCGGUCCACCAUGUCAGUGUAUCCCUAUUUUUACAUGUGGAAUGUGGAGAAUGCGACGGAAAUGGACAAAUUCAAGCAGGAAGUAGAGAAGACAAUGAAUGAAUUUGCAAGUAAGGCUGCAAGGAGUGGUAAGAAGUUCAUGGUACAUGAAGCCAAUAUAUCAGGAUUUGACACCAUCUACAGCUUGGUGCAGUGCACGCAGGACUUGUCUAGCGACGAUUGUACCAAAUGUCUCCAGAAUGCGACUUCGAGGUUUCCAUCACUUUUAGAUGGAAAAAGAGGUGGAAGAGUUUGCCUUCCUAGUUGUAAUAUUAGGUACGAACUUUAUCGUUUUUAUGAUGUGGAUGAACCGCCGCAGAUGACACCUCAGCUUGUUUCUCCUCCUCCUCCAUCACCUACAGAUCCGGUAACGGUGCCUAAAGAAUGUGAAAGUGAAAUUUCAACCAUAGAGUCUCUGCAAUUUGACUUGGAAACUAUAGAAACAGCCACAAGCAGGUUUUCUGAAGACAAUAAGCUUGGUGAAGGCGGAUUUGGUGAAGUCUUCGAGGGAACACUUCCUAAUAGACAAGAAAUAGCCGUAAAAAGACUAUCAAAAAGUUCCAGUCAAGGUGCUGAAGAAUUUAAAAAUGAAGUUGUACUGGUAGCCAAGCUUCAGCAUAGAAACCUGGUUAGGCUUUUGGGAUUCUGCUUGGAUGGAGGAGAAAAAAUGCUUGUUUAUGAAUUUGUACCAAACAAAAGCCUUGAUUAUUUUUUGUUUGAUCCUGCAAAGCAAGGAGAGUUAGAUUGGUCAAAACGUCACAAUAUAAUAGGAGGAAUUGCUCGAGGAAUUUUGUAUCUUCAUGAGGAUUCUCGUCUUAGAGUUAUACAUCGUGAUUUGAAAGCAAGCAACAUCUUGUUAGAUGUAGAUAUGAAUCCAAAAAUUUCAGACUUUGGCAUGGCCAGGAUGUUUGGCAUCGAUCAAACUGAAGGAAACACCAAAAGAAUUGUUGGAACUUAUGGUUACAUGGCUCCGGAAUAUGCUAUGGAGGGAUUAUAUUCCAUCAAGUCUGAUGUCUUCAGUUUCGGUGUAUUGUUGCUUGAGAUUCUAAGUGGGAGAAAGAACUCUGGUUUUCAUCUCACCAAAUUUGCUCCUAGCUUGCUUGCAUAUGCAUGGAAUUUGUGGAAUGAAGGGAAAAGGUUGGAGUUAAUGGAUCCGUUGCUAAAAGAUUCGUGUGCAGCAAAUGAAUUUAUGAGAUACGUUCAUAUUGGGUUGCUAUGUGUUCAAGAAGAUGCAUAUAACAGGCCAACCAUGUCAUCUGUUGUUCAUAUGUUGAAAAGUGAAACUAUUAGCCUUUCUCAACCGGAACGACCUGCUUUCUCUGUUGGAAGAAUUACUCAACGUCAUGAAUUCGAACCAGCUCCUGAUCGCAGUUUGUCUGAUAAUGGUUUGUCAAUUUCUACUUUUUUGCCUCGGUGAUCAGGGAAGAUAUAUCUAUGCCUAAAAGGUUUCAAAUAUGGAUAGGUAGAUAUAUUUAUAUGGAUAGGUAGAUAUAUUUCUCAUCUCCAUGGACAAACACUAGAAUUUGUCUCAUAUUUUCUUGUAAUUUUCCAUGCAAAAUGCAUUUUUAAAUGCAUAGGAAUAAUGCGAUACUGAAGAGAAUAUAGAAAAGCAAGAAAUUGUAGAGCAAAAUAAAGAGUUUCAAGGACCCAGUCUCCUAAUAUAUGCUAACAAAUAGUCCAUGAAAUUUCAGAA